AUGGAUAUAAAGACCUUGCUGGACAGUCUUCAUGAUGAAGUAUCCUGUUCUGUGUGCAAGUGUACAUUCGCUGCUCCAAAGCAGUUGCCUUGUUUGCACAGUUUCUGUCUUCACUGCCUGAACGAAAUUCAACGAACGAGCGGCGUCCGUGGUAAAAUUACAUGCCCCGAGUGCAGGAGGCAGUUUCAGAUUUCUAGAAGUGGAAAUCCUAGCGAACUUCCCACCAAUUUUCGAAUAAACAGCCUGCUAGAUGUCUUGGCAAUAAAAGAGUGUAGUACAGCUAACGUGAAGUGUGGAAACUGCGAUAAAAGGAGCGCCCAGACCUCGUAUUGCUUCCAGUGUUGUUCCUUCUGGUGCGAGAGAUGCAUUUUAGGACAUGACAUAAUGCGUGCUAACAACGAACACAGAACGCUAGCACUAAAAGAUUUUCAAGAUCAAGACAUCAAGGCUGUAUUAGAGCGACCAGCAUUUUGUCAGAAGAAACACCAUGAAAACAAAGAGUUGGAGCUCUUUUGCAAGGACUGUAAAGUCGCCGUUUGUAGCACUUGUGCCAUGACACUUCAUGAAGGUCACGGUAAGAUUCCUUUACAAGAAGCUACUGAUGAGCGCAAAACACAGAUCAACUCCAUGAUUCGAUCUUUGAAAGACAAAUUACGGGAAAAACAAAAGGAAGUCGAACAAUUCAACCAAAAAAGCAUCGCAUUUCAAUCGAAAGUAGCCGAGGUAAAAAGCCAAGUGCAGUCUUGUGUAGACCAAAUCAUUGCAAUCAUCGAAGAGAGAAAAAAAGAUGUUUUUGAUGCAGUCAAUAAUCAAGCGAAAAAAUCACUGGAAUUUCUCUCACGGAAAAGAGACGAAGUGGAAAAACAAGUAAAAUUAAUUAAAUCAGCAAUUAAACACACUAAAACUCUGUUAAAACGAAGUUUUAGCACUGAAAUCCUUGGAUUCAGUGAAACAUUUGAUUCAAUACUGCAGGAACAGGGAACCCAAGGAAACCGUGACACUGAAUGCAGUAUCCCUCGGUUUAGUUUCACUAAAAGUGAAAAACUGAUUAACUUGUUGAGCAUGAGCGAGGGGAUAGGUAAUGUAGAAUUUGUUUUUAUUGAAUCUAAAACGAAACAGUCAGGGUUUAAACGCAAGGCAAGCUGUGAAGCAAUUUCUGGGAAUAAAAGGGCAAAUGUUCGUGACAGUCCUCUUGAGUCUAAGGUACAAACCAGGCGCUUCAGAUCUGUGCUGUCAUUUGGACAAGAAGGUGAGUCUUUUGGAAUGCUUAAAGGACCCUGGGGGGUGGCAGCGAAUGAUCAUGAUGAAAUUGCUGUGACUGAGUUCCGUAACAACAGGGUUUCAGUGUUUAGUAGUGACGGUACCCACCUAAGAUCGUUUGGUAGGUUGGGCAAGAACAAUGGUGAGUUCCAGUACCCCUCAGGGAUCGCUUUUGAUAGUCUUGGCAACAUUGUAGUGGCAGACAAUAAUAACCACAGAGUGCAAGUCUUUGAUAGGAAUGGUAACUUUCUUAGUAAGUUUGGUGAACAGGGAAGUCGUGAUAAUCAUCUUAAAAACCCUCACGGUUUAUCAAUAAACGGUAACGGUGAUAUUAUUAUUGCUGAUCAAGGUAACAAAUUAAUCAAGAUAUUCUCUUCUAGUGGGGAGUAUUUACGUAAGUUUGGUGGAGCAGGUUCAUUAGUCGCUCCCUAUCACUGUAUCCAACACGGUCAAUAUUUUAUAGUCUCAGAUUAUGGUGAUCAUUCCAUUAAAAUGUUUGAUCUGGAGGGAAAGUUUAUUUCUAAAUUUGGAAAACGGGGGAACAAGGAUGGAGAGUUCAAUGGGCUCCGAUGCUUGUCAGUUAACAAAGAAGGAUUGCUAAUGGUCUGUGAUGCAGGAAAUCACAGAGUGCAGGUGUUUGAACUGAGUGGAAAGUUUGUUACAAAGUUUGGAAGUGAAGGCAGCGAGAGAGGAGAGUUAAAGUUUCCAAAGUCUACUGCAAAUCUUAGUGAUGGAAGGAUAGUUGUGUGUGAUAUCAAUAACCACCGAAUCCAGGUUUUUGACAAGAUAUAA